AUGGUUUCGAUAGCAGCAGAUUCUUUUUACGACCCUUUGCUGCAGCCGCCGCUGCGGGACCGGCUGCACGACGAGCUGCUGCAGCGGCGUGCUGCUCCUGCGUGGCUUGCUGCUGCAGUGGACUUGUGCACGUUUUGCUGCGUCUUCAGCACGCUGCUGCGGCACCUGCUGCUGCUGCCCUUUCCCCACAACCUCCAGGUCCUCAGCCGCUGCUGCUGCCUCAUUGCUGCUGGCUUCUGGAUUCGUGCUGCUGCUAUUAUUGUCACAACAGUUCCUGCUGCUCGCGCUGGCUGCUGCCCGCGGCGGCCGCGGGGCCCCACAGACUUCUUCAGAGAAGUGCUGAAGCAAAGUCUUGGCCAGAAUGUGGAGUGCGCAGGAAUGAUUAUUUCCGGACACUCUUUGAAUUUGCUGCACUGCUGCAUGUCUUGGGCCUUCUACGGCCGCUGCAGCAGCAGCAGCAGCAGCAGCAGCAGCAGCAGCAGCAGCAGCGGCGGGGCGGGGGGGGGCGCGCGGCGGCGCCGCUGCUGCGGCGGCGCUUGCUGCGGCGGCUGCUGCAGCGACGUCCGCUGCAGCGCAGCAGCAGCAGCAGCAGCAGCAAAGCCCCUCGCCGGCUGCUUCCUCCACCAGUGCUUCCUCUUCGUGAAGACUUGGCUCCGCCUCCGCAGGGAGGGCUGCAGCAGCGCAGCAGCAACAGCAGCAGCCCGCUGCUUCUGCCCGCAGCAGCUGCCCCCCGACGCCACGGCUGCUGCUGCUGCUGCUGCUGCUGCUGCUGCUGCCGAGGCCGCCGCGGGGGCCCCCCCGCGGCCGCGCCGCCGCAGCGGGCCCCGCAGCAGGCUGCGCACCCUGCUGCUGCUGCUGCUGCAGCUGCCGCUGCUGCGCUACUGCUGCUACAGCUUCUCCGUGGCUCUCUGGAUUGCCAUUCCUCUCUGCUACAACCACUACACUGUUGAUGUGCUGCUGGCGCUGCUGCUGGGCUUUUGUCUCUGGCUAAUUUACCACUUGAUUCUCACGGUGGCUCUUGUGCAGAAAAAGGGGCUGCAGGGGCCCCCGGGCGGCUGCAGCUGCGGCUGCAGCAGCAGCAGCAGCAGCAGCAGCAGCAGCAGCGCCGCCAAGGCCUGGCGCAAGGAGCCCCAGCCGCUGCAGCUCCGCAGCAACGACUGGAAACGCGCAAAGACGGACUCCGCCGACAGCUGCGCUCUCGUGCUGCCCGUUGCUGCUGCUGCUGCAGCAGGAGCAGCAGCAGCAGCACCGCCGCGGAACGCCCGCAGCAGCAGCGCGAAGGCAGCAGCCGCGCUGCAGCUCUGCGACAUGCACAGAGACACGGCCCCAGAAAGCGGCAGCAGCAGCAGCAGCAGCAGCAGCAGCAGCGAGGGCGAUCGGGACCUCGAAAACGCGCAGCAGACCACCGCUGCUGCUGCUGCUGCUGCUGCUGAGGGCGAGGCAGCAAAGUGCAGCUGCUGCUUCGCCAAGGAAUUUGCUGCACUCAACCUCGACUGGAUCCUUGACUUUCCCGUGCUGCGGCCCCUCGCCUGCGGCAGCAGCGGCAGCGGCGGCGUGGCUGCUGCUGCGCGGAAGGGGGUGGGGAGCUUCGCUGCUAGACUGCCGAAGCCGUGGGGGGGUGGGGUAGCUGCAGCAGAGCUGCAGCAGAGCUGCAGCAGAGCUGCAGCAGAGCUGCAGCAGAGCUGCAGCAGAGCUGCAGCAAAGCUGCAGCAAAGCUGCAGCAGAGAUGCAGCAAAGCUGCAGCAGAGCUGCAACAGAGCUGCAGCAGAGCUGCAACAGGGCUGCAGCAAGUGUGAAGCAGAGCUGCAGCAGAGCUGCAGCAGAGCUGCAGCAGAGCUGAAGCAGAGCUGUAGCAGAGCUGCAGCAGAGCUGCAGCAGAGCUGCAGCAGAGCUGUGGCGGAGCUGCAGCAGAGCUGCAGCAGAGCCGUAGCAGAGCUGCAGCAGAGUUGUAGUAGAGCUGCAGCAGAGCUGCAGCAAAGCCGUAACAGAGCUGUAGUAGAGCUGCAGCAGAACUGCAGCAGACCUGUAGCAGAGCUGCAGCAGAGCUGCAGCAGAGCUGCAGCAGACCUGUAG